GUGUGCGUGGCACACGGUCACCGCUUAGACCGGCCCGACUCGUCAAAAAUUCCUAGCUUCCUGUGGUCGUCGUCGUCGAGGUGUCCCCCCCUCCCUCUCGGCACCUCUCUCUCUCUCUCCUCCCCCGGAGAGGAGCGAGGAGGAGCAGCGCAGCCGCGAUGGACCGCGUUCAGCUCGUGCUCCUGGGCCUCCCCAUCCUCCUCUUCUGCUCCGACGUCGUUACCCUCUUCGCGCCUCUUCCGCCGGCGGCGCCCGAGCCCGACAAGGCCGCCCACGCUUUUCACCCCGGCGACCCCUCCGCCGCCGCCGACGCUUCCGCACUUGUGGAGCCACAGGUGGAUGGACCUGGCUCCGGCACCACCGUCGACUUGAAGUUUUGCGCCUCCUGCUCGUACAGGGGGACUGCAAUGACCAUGAAACGGAUGCUGGAAACCUCAUUUCCUGGGAUUCAUGUUGUCUUGGAAAAUUAUCCUCCACCGUUCCCCAAACGUGCACUCAGUAAAGCUGUACCCCUUCUUCAGUUUGGAGCGAUGGCAACAUUAAUGGCUGGUGAUCAGAUAUUCCCUAGAUUUGGAAUGGUUCCGCCUCCUUGGUACUACUCACUUCGUGCUAAUAGAUUCGGGACCAUGGCAUCAAUUUGGCUGUUUGGCAAUUUCGCCCAUUCAUUUCUACAGAGUUCUGGUGCCUUUGAAGUUUAUUGCAACGGGCAACUGGUUUUCUCCAAACUGUCUGAGCAGAGGUUUCCUAGUGAGCUUGAGCUACAAGAGCUCAUUGGCAGUAGGAUACCGGAUCCUCCGAUUCUAGAAAAUCUGGAAAAAGAUCUGGUCUUAGAUGAUGCUGAUGCUGAUGCUGAUGAUGCCAUGAGAGACUAGCUUGCCUGUUUGUUACUAAAUAGACAGAACUUCAGAGUUUCACAACUUAAUUGUCAAAAACACAUUGUCUUAUAAUUUAAACUUCAUUUUCCCCACUUAUGUACAUACAGUACUAGUUAUACCAUAGCUAUGUAAUAACAAAGUUUUCUGUUGAAGUGGUGUGAACUCAGAACUAUCACAGAUUGAAAUAGCUUAUUGUUUGCUUAAA